AUGAGUGCGAUCCAACGUCGUGGAGCAGUCUACCAAUCCAGUGGCCGAAACUCGCAGUUUUUCUCAGCAUCACAGAAUCUUCGGCGCGGAAAUCGACCUCGGCAUUCCGAUUCCCUCUCACCAUCAUACGAUAGCCUCGACUCAUCCGGAUCUAUGCAGAGCGAUGACAGAUCCAUAUACAACGCCAUCAGAGUCAACACCCCAGAUGAAUCCCGCACUCGUUUCUACGCCUCCCUCGUUCACGAAAACCCCGUCCAUGAACAAGGUUUAGCCGUAAACAUGGCCAUGUUCGUUCCUGUUGGUUCGCAAGAUGGCCCCUCACCCUUGAAAGACCCAACAAAGCAAAGAAUACGAACGAGGAUAGCAAAGAGAGCGGGACACCGAUCAAAAGUGUUCUCAGAUCAGUAUAUGCAGGCUUCACGCCGAUUGAAGCCCUCGUUGAAUGGAUCUAGCCCAAAGCGAGUCUCGAUUUCUCACCAGUCACAUCGCAAGGCUGUUUCGCUCGGAGCAAAUGGUUACAAUGACUGUCACAGACUACGAUGGCCUGCCAAUAUGGGGCUUGCGGUGGCGCCUGUUCAACCUCGAUACCCUCCACCCGAAAGAUCGCCUACACCCCCAGGUCUUCCCUCGUUCGGUACCCCCGAGGCAAUGUGUUACGCUGCGCGGUAUAUGGCCCGAGACAACACCCCACACUUGGGCCGACAUGCUGGUUAUUGUGACGAACGCUCCACUUCGUACAGUGAUAGCUUGAGGCGAUUUUUCGGUUUAUCGCCUUCAGCAUCGCGUGCGAGCCAACUUUCUGGUACUGGGAUUGGAAGAGCCGAAGACGGAACACUCGUGCAAGGUCGGUUUCCGUAUCGACAGAGUGGCCAUGGAAUGAAUAUAGCACGGCAAUUGAAUGAACAUCCGUUCCAUGAGCGCUUUCUCCCUGUUGCCAGUCCUCCGGCUGUCUAUCAAGGUCGCGAGGCUGAUGUUGAAGCUGCAUAUGUGAAGCAAACCUCUCGUCGCUCAAACAGAUUUAUUCAGCCGCGUUCUUCCCAUAGAAGCCAACGGCUACCUCCUGGCGAUUAUCUUCCUUCGAACCCACCCCCUGUUACGAUCCGUCGACCGGGGCAGCCUAGGCCCUCGGCUUUUCUUCGUUUGCCGCCUAGUCUAUAUGGUCUCGACGGAUCACCCAGAAGUGCCACAUCUGCAGUACCAGUGGAAAGCUCUGUCUUAGGGGUCAGGACAACUGGAGACCAUCAGCCAUCAAACCCCUCAAACCUCCAAUCUGUCCUCACGAUAGCUGUCCGUGGCGGCGGAGGCGAUGAGCCAAACACUGCCACUUCCGUAUGUUCAAACGCCUUGUCUUGGGUUCAAAGUCAACCAUGUCUGAGCUGCUGUUUGGGUGGCCCUGAUAACGAGGAAGCGGACCAAUCUCUUGAUGUGAUCAGCUCCCGGGAUACAUAUACCACUGCCCACAGCCAGGUAUCGCCUGUCGAAUCUCACAAUGAACCAGAACUACUCGUGGGAGAUAAACGGAUUGGGUUCCAGGGCCUGCGGUCUUGGAUCUCUUCUUUGUAUGGCGUCAUGUUCCCUACUCUGGUGAACCCCGCUGUGGUAUAA